GCUGGGGCAUUAAACAAAUUCCUGAACUUCUGCCAAAACAGCUCCUUCGUCCUCCGCGUCCCGUUCCGAGAGCUGGCCGCCGCCGCACACAGCACAGCACUGCGUCCAGCAAGGACGCCAAAGCCUGGAAUCUAGCCCGUGGUCGCCCAGUUGCCGUGCAGUUCAAAUUGCGGCAGGACACUUGCACAGCUUCCUGGGGAGCUGCGAGCGCGGGGUCAGCAGGAGAGGGCCGGGCAGCGCGCGACCUUCGCAGUAAAUAAUAUAUGUACAUACCUUAGCGUGCGUACCAGUGCGUGCGUGUGUGUGUGUGUGUGUGUGUAGGCAGGUGGUGUGGGUGUGAGUGUGUAGGUGCACUGAAAAAAAGGUGAAAAAAAGAACUGCAAAGAAAAUUGUAAGUGAAAAAAAAGGUUAAAGAGAAGAAAGAAAAGGAAACUGAGGAAAGCCCAGAGGUUGCAAGGACGACAUGCUGCCCCCCGCCCACAAGAAAGCCGCUGGUGGGUGGCUCCUCGACAUUGAACUCCAUUAAAACGCAAGCGCACGAAGAGUCAAGGAUUUGGACUCGGAUUUUGGAUUUCGGAUUUGGAUUCGUAUACGCUUUCGUUUAGAGAUUGGCAUUGGCAUUUUCAGGGUCAUGGUCGCAUCAGUUGAUGCAUCCUCCUAGGCCACCAAUAGCAGCUACGCCUCCAACUUGCAACUCUAUCAUCCAAAAGCAGGCACAGCCAUCAUGUCCAGCGAUUCAUCCGCGGAGAGCGACAGCGAGCUGUAUGACCCCCUGGCCGAGGAGCUGCACAAUGUGCAGCUGGUCAAGCAUGUCACCCGGGAGAACAUCGAUGCCCUCAAUGCCAAGUUUGCCAAUCUGCAGGAGCCGCCGGCCAUGUACUUAACCGAAUACCAAGAGCUCACCUCCAAGCUGCACGAGCUGGAGGCCAAGGAGCACGAGCUGAUGGAGCAACUCAAUGCGAUCCAGCAGCAGCAGCAACAGCAGCAGUCGUCAUCCCAUGAGGCGCCGGAAGAAACGGCGGCCGAGCAGCCGCAUUAUCAAAAUCAAACCCAGAUCCUGCAGCAGCAGCGACAGUUGGCUCGCAUCCAUGGCGGCGGCGGCGGCGGCACCGAUCUCACUGACUCCGGCUUGGGCGGCUCCAAUCCGGCCAGCCAGUGUGGCACCCUCACCCGCCAGCCCAAGAUCCUGCUGCGCGCCCAUUUGCCCAAUCAGCAGCGCACCUCCGUCGAGGUGGUGGCCGGCGUCCGGCUGUGCGAUGCCCUGAUGAAGGCCUUGAAGCUGCGCCAGCUAACGCCGGAUAUGUGCGAGGUGAGCACCACGCAUAGCGGAAGACAUAUCAUACCGUGGCACACGGAUAUCGGGACCCUGCAUGUAGAGGAGAUCUUUGUGCGGCUGCUGGAGAAGUUCCCCAUACGAACGCACACGCAGCAUCAGUUUAUACGGAAGACCUUCUUCUCGCUGGUCUUUUGCGAGGGCUGCCGUCGGCUGCUCUUCACGGGUUUCUAUUGCAGCCAGUGCAACUUUCGGUUCCACCAGAGAUGCGCGGGCAGGGUGCCCAUGCUGUGCCAGCCCUUUCCCAUGGACAGCUACUAUCAGCUGCUGCUGGCCGAGAAUCCGGAUAAUGGCGUGGGUUUUCCUGGACGCGGAACUGCCGUACGCUUCAACGUGAGUAGCCGCAGCCGCAGCCGGCGGUGCAGCAGCAGCGGCAGCAGCAGCAGCAACUCAAAACCCCCAUCCUCAUGCUCCGCCUCCAACCAUCGACAGGGUCGUCCGCCGCGCAUCAGCCAGGACGAUCGUUCCAAUUCGGCGCCAAAUGUUUGCAUCAACAAUAUACGCACGGUGCCCAGCGAUGUCCAGCGGAGUCUCAUCAUGCAGGCCAGACCCCCAUUGCCGCAUCCCUGCACGGAUCAUUCCAACUCCACACAGGCCUCGCCCACCAGCACCUUGAAGCACAAUCGACCCCGGGCCAGGUCCGCCGAUGAGAGCAACAAGAAUCUGCUCUCCCGGGAUGCCAAGAGUUCCGAGGAGAAUUGGAACAUCCAAGCGGAGGAGAUCCUAAUUGGCCCCAGGAUUGGCUCUGGUUCCUUUGGAACGGUAUAUCGCGCCCACUGGCAUGGUCCUGUGGCUGUCAAGACCCUGAAUGUGAAGACACCUAGCCUGGCCCAGCUGCAGGCCUUUAAGAACGAGGUGGCCAUGCUGAAGAAGACGCGACACUGCAACAUACUGCUGUUUAUGGGCUGCGUAUCGAAGCCCUCGCUGGCCAUUGUGACGCAGUGGUGCGAGGGCAGCAGCCUCUACAAGCAUGUCCAUGUGAGCGAGACCAAGUUUAAGCUGAACACGUUGAUUGAUAUUGGUCGCCAGGUGGCCCAGGGCAUGGAUUACCUGCAUGCCAAGAACAUAAUACACAGAGACCUGAAGUCCAACAACAUUUUCCUGCACGAGGAUCUGUCGGUGAAGAUUGGUGAUUUCGGUCUGGCCACCGCCAAGACCCGUUGGUCUGGCGAAAAGCAGGCCAACCAGCCCACUGGCAGCAUUCUGUGGAUGGCCCCCGAGGUGAUACGCAUGCAGGAGCUCAACCCCUACUCCUUCCAGUCGGACGUCUAUGCCUUUGGCAUUGUGAUGUACGAACUGCUGGCGGAAUGCCUACCCUAUGGCCAUAUAAGCAACAAGGAUCAAAUUCUGUUCAUGGUGGGACGUGGCCUCUUGCGGCCGGACAUGAGCCAGGUGCGUUCGGAUGCUCCGCAGGCGCUGAAGCGUUUGGCCGAGGACUGCAUCAAGUAUACGACCAAGGAUCGCCCGCUGUUCCGGCCGCUGCUCAACAUGCUGGAGAAUAUGCUGCGCACGCUGCCCAAGAUCCAUCGCAGCGCCAGCGAGCCGAAUCUGACGCAGUCCCAGCUGCAGAACGAUGACUUCCUGUACCUGCCCAGCCCCAAAACGCCGGUGAAUUUCAACAAUUUUCAGUUCUUUGGCAGUGCAGGGAAUAUCUAAAUUUAUGAGAUGCUGGGCAGCUGUACCUGUACUUAUCCUGCGCAGCCAAAGCCUCUACGAAGUGAUCUGUAACUAAAUAUGUAUAUUUAUAUGUAUUUACCACCCACACACACUUUCCCCAACACCCCCUGUACAUAAGCGGCGAAAGAGAGCGAGAGGCGGAGAUAUGGCUGCUUUCCUUGGAACUGACAAAAGUGCAUUUCUGUUGCGACAAAUUUAACAACUACACAAAAACUGUAAACUAAAAACUAAAAGCUAAAAACAAAACUAAACUGCAACUGCAACGCCCAUGUGUACAUACAUAACUGCAUCAUAACUUAUAUACGUUAGGCAAGACUACUGAGCUAAAACUAAAACUAAAACUAAAGCUAAAACUAAAACUAAACUAGCUGAUCGCAAUUACAUUGUACACAUAUUAUACUUAUACUAUAAAAUUUCAA